UGUGGCUACUUAUAAAUUAUUUUACAUUAGUUCUAUUUUAAUAAUAAUAUGAAGGAUCUACUAGCAGUAAACGUUUGUUUCUUUUGGCUGGCAACUGUUGCUCGGGCAAUACCCACUUCAAACGUAACGAGCACUGGACAACUUCUACCGAUGGUUAUCAACACGUGGCCCUAUUCAGUCGCCAACGAGGAGGCGUGGCGGAUUCUCAACCGGAAAAAGGGCGGAGUUGGACAGACCAGGGAUGCCGUAGUGGGCGGAAUAUCCAAGUGCGAGAGGCUGCAGUGUAGGAAAGCUGUUGGGUACGGGGGCAAUCCAGACGAGCGUGGAGAUGUCUCCCUGGACGCCCUGCUCAUGGACGGCAGCACCAUGGAGGUCGGUGCAGUGGGCGAUCUUCGGCGGGUUAAGAGCGCCAUUAAGGUUGCCCGCCACGUCCUGGAGCACACACAUCACACCCUGUUGGUGGGAGAAGGAGCCGGGGACUUCGCCAAUGCAAUGGGAUUCCAGACCGAGUCCCUAAACACUCCGGAAACCACUGAGAUGCUUCAAAAUUAUACGGCGCACAACUGUCAACCAAAUUUCUGGCGAAAUGUCUAUCCGGAUCCCAAGUCUGCCUGCGGUCCUUACAAGCCCUUGACUUCGUGGGAUAAGGAGGAUGGUACGGGGAAUCAUGAUAUCGGACCGGAUAACCACGACACUAUCACCAUGGCCGCCAUCGAUGUGGAGGGCAAGAUCCACGUGGGCACUUCUACCAACGGACUACGAUACACGCUACCCGGGCGUGUUGGAGAUGCGCCGCUCCCUGGUUCUGGUGCCUAUGCGGACAACGAAGUGGGCGCCGCCAUUACCACCGGAGAUGGUGACACCCUGAUGCGCUUCCUCCCCUCCAUCCUUGCCGUGGAGGCCAUGCGGGCGGGCAAAACGCCGGCAGAGGCGGCGAACUCGGCGAUCCAGAGGAUCCGAGCGCAUACAAACAGUUUCGAUGGCGCCAUCAUUGCGGUAGAUCGUUCUGGAAUGUAUUCAGCCGCCUGUCAUGGUAUGCGAACUUCUGCGAAUCAAUUCUCCUACAUGAUCAGCAGCCCGGCCAAUCCUACUAUGCCGACGCGUAAGGAAACGAUCAAGUGCACAUCGGGAAUCAAUAAAAGUGCCAGUCCAGAGCAGGAAGUUAUUUGGUAGGUUGAGCUGACAGCUCAGACUACUUUUAGCACACAGUAAAGGUAGAAAUAUUUUAAUUGAAUUGUAAUAUAUUUACACAGCUCAUUUCUUAAUGGUUCAUGUUCCUUAAGAAUAUACACUUGUAAGGUUACAUUAAAUUACCUUAAGGUGGGUCAACCAUUAUUCAGUAAAGUUAAAAAAAUCAAAACAA